AUGGAUGCCUUUAUCGUGACUGCAUUAGUGGAUACCACAGCGCUCAUAUUGCCAAACAGUGGGCCUUUAAUGGCAUGCUUUCAUUUCCUCGCAAGUGGUGUUGCACAAGCGGAAAUCUGGCUCACUUUAGCCGCCUUCAAAUCUUACGACACGGCUCCUAAGUACAGUUUGCUACUCUGUUGGGUUCAUAUCACUAAAAAGGUCAUCUUGGUCAUCAUGUGCUUAGGCUCUACAUAUCUUGGCUAUUGGCUUACUACGGCUUUUGGGUCACGACUUGGGCCUCAGUCUACACUUGCAAAUUUCAAAGCUGAUACGCAGGCAACGUACGCAGAAGCACUCAAAACUGCCCCCUUGUACAUCAAGCCUCUAUUUCUCAAUUGUUUCUUUCUAGGCGUACCAAUUAUGGUCACUUUUGCUCAAGUCGGACUUCUAAGCUGGCACAUGAGUUCUUUUUGUCGUGAGCAAGAUAUCUGGAACGACCUAGUCAAUUCGCUGAAGGAAGCAGCAAAGUUGUGGAACAACUUGAAUAAAUCGACCAAUGCUGCCACCUCAAUUUUGAGCGAUGGAUUGUUCAAAAACGUGAACGGCGAUCCUAUUGCGAUGGCUUUGGUUGCUCAGACGCGUGCUGUGACGCUGAUGACCGCUGAAGUAGAGACGAAUGAUCGUCAGCUGAUCCAAAGAUCGCAAGUGAUGGCCUUUGCUUGGGGUGUGUUCCUUCUGAUCACCCUAAUAAUCUACGCUUCGGCAACUUGGUCAUUGAUUUCUUUGAUUAAGAGUGCUGAUACUGAGCCAGUCCGUCGGAAACGCAAGAUGCAAGUAGGUCUACUAAGUCGACGCAAAAACUCCUACACCGAAGAGGGUGGGGCCAUAUCUGUUGAUAACGAAGAGGCGAGAUUGCUUCAUCGGGGGUUGCGAUACCUGACUCUGCAUAGCUUAACGAUGAUUACUGCCAUUUUAUAUUCGAGUGUCGUCUGUUUCAUCAUGGGCGCUCACGCUGAGGCUAUCAUGGUCACGGCGCACUGGCGGGGAUUAGGUUCGUGGCUAUCUCUAGCGAGCGGUAUUUUUAUUGCCAUGGCAAUGGCGUUUCAAUUUUCUUCUUUUUGGGGAACCAUUCUCAUGUGGCGCGUAUGGGUCGAUCUAGACAUCAUCAUCCCGGUUCAAGAUGCAAGGAACGAACAUGAAUAUGAUACAUUUCAAGGAGACAUUCCUUUGCAAGAGAAGGCGGGAGAUCUUGCAUACCAAUCGCAAUAA